AUGAAUUUAACAGGGGAACCUUCUCAAGACAGUAGUUUGCUGACAGAGGAAAAUCUGGCGAGGAACGAAGCUCACGAAAAACAGGACUCACGUCGUAAACUGGGGAAAGACGGCGACGGAAACUACGAUAACGAGAGUUUCAGCGACUUGAGCAAAAUUGAUAGCACCACCCAAGCUGACUUAGACUUGGACGGAUUCUGCAUGUCGUCCGACGCAGAAACUGAAAAAAUGGACGAAGAAACCGGGCAUGUGGUAUUGUCCCAAUUGGCGAAGGACGCUAGUGCCGAGACUGGAACUGAGCUGGCAGGUCAUGGAGUCCGCGACUCAUCACAAGCUGAAUCGGAAUACGAUAUAGGCGAUACAGAAAAUACUGUGCCAGGAGCCAUAGUCGAAGACCGAGAGUCAGAGGUACUGGUCAACGAGGAGUUAGAGAACGUUCCUACCGUAGAAAAUCCAUCAGAAUAUGCUCUAGGCAUUGAGACACCGCAAACGCUAUCAAACUCAUCGAUUGUACCACUCCAAGAUCAGCUAGACAGGAAACCACAGGUUUCGGAAGCUCCUCUGCCCGAACAAAACGAUGCAACGGUAAAGACAUCUGGACCACUACUUAUACAAGAACAAAGCGAAGCGCAGCAAAUACCAGAAUCUUCUCUACCGCAGCAGCAAGCGGAGAGACCUCAAGAGCUGGAAUCUCAAGAGGAUGCGCUAGCUAGAGAUCCAGAAUCCGUAUCUUUAUUCGAGUCCGCGAUGAACGCAAGUGAACGACCUGCAAUGACUGAACCGCAUGCUUCACCUGGGAUCGUGGAUCAAGAGCUAAUGACCGCUGUGAACCAAAGCCUGAACACCGCGGCAACGGAGGCUGCAACCACUAAUGUGUCAGAAACUCCGGCUGUCGAAAAGUCAGGUUCUGAAACAACUGGAGCAAGCAAAGGGUUGGUAGAGGAGUCUUCUGCUAAAACGGGGCUGCCCGCGGAACUUCAAGAGAACGAUACACGACAAGCCUUAAAUGAAGGGCCAGGUGUGGUAACGGAAAGUGAUCCUCUAGCUCUUCCUCCGCUCGAGCCUAUACCAAAGCUUUCAGAUGCAGUAUAUGCAGAUGCAGAUGGGUCUUCGGCCGAGACUCAUGGUCAAAAACGUCCCCUGGAUGAAAGUGAUCUCGGAACACAAUUUAAAAAACCUAGACCGCCAGCAAAUGAAGUCAAUAAAGAGGCUGACAACGACGACGACAAUGACGCUGAUGAGGAUGAAGAUGAAGUAGAAGACGAUUUUGCCGAUAAAGCGGACGUUAAUGAUUCUUCGACUAGCAUUACGCCGAAGCUUGUCGCCAAAAAACAUAAACCCAGUACAAGCAUCGAAUCGCACUCGCCUAUGGAAGUUGAAAAUAUUAGACUAAGCGCGCUCAAAGAAAUUACGGAAAUUGAACAUCAAUUUGCUGAGUUAAGACAGCGCUUGUAUGAAAAUAAGCUGGUCAAAUUACAAACAGAAACGCAAAUGUGCCUAGAAGGGUCACAUCCUGCAUUACAGAAUUAUUAUCAAAAAAUCGAUUCAGUACGAGACUUCAAGCUGCGUCGUGCAUACCAGAGACAGAGAUAUGAAUUGGAAUGCAUAGAUAAGGAAACCAAGGCCACCAGAUGUUGCAUUCAUCAAGAAUUCCAAAGGAAAGUGACUAACUUGAGACAUGAUUUGUUGGUGAACACUACUCAGAAAUGGUACGAUAUCAAUAAAGAGAGAAGAGAAAUGGAUGUAGUGGUGCCAGACGUAAAUUAUCACGUUCCAGUGAAGAUUGAUGGCAAAACGUUAAGUUGUAUUACCGGAUAUGCGGCACCCGCACAGUUAAGACGCGAAGGCGACCCACUAAGCGAGGAUUUACAGUGCGAAGGCAUUCAAGUACGAUUCAAGAACAAUCCAGUGGAUAAAUUGGAGGUCAUUGUAGACCGUAUGAGAUUCAACAACGAGUUGAGUGAUUUGGAAGGUUUGAAAAGGUUUUUUAAUGGGUUUCCUGGAGCGCCUAAUUUGAGUGGGCUCAAGGAUUCAGAAAUGUACGAAGACUUGCAGAAGAUGCAGAGGAGCAUAUAG